UAUCUGAUUCUGCCCGCUCUCCUUCCCGAAAGCGAAAUCUCUAAUCCGAUGGACAAGCAGCCGCCACUCUCACCAGCGAAGCUCAGUACGUCACCUUCGCGUCUUCCUCCUCCCCGCAUACCUAAGAAGUAUGUACGAUAGAAAUCGGAAGGGUCGAUUCUUCCCCAUCUCGAAAUAAUCUGACCUCGCCGCGAAAUCAAUGGGCGAUUCGGGAUGUCUCAGUGGAGGCGAGCUCUGCCGUCAUCGGAUAAGCUCGUUAAGGACUGAUCAUUGCCUUUUCUAUGGAAUUAGACGCCGGUUCUCCGUAAUCCCCUUUUUCUAUAAAUGGAAAGCAGAGGUGCUUCCGUCUUAUGCCGCGUUGCGGUGUCGACGAUGGUUGAGAUUGGUGUCGGUGCAUGAUUCGGGAGCUCUCUUCAAGCGGUCGAGUUGUGGGCGUUUUGGUUUGAGAGGUUUUCGGCGUGAAGUUGGAACGGGUUUCCGUAUUCAUGCGGCGAUUGAUGUGGCAAGCGCGGUUGAUGUGAUUAAUGAUUUAGGGUUAGAUACACUGACAUUUUUGGCGGUGACUGUGAUGGUUGUGCCCGCGUUCAAGUUGAUCAGAGCUAGUCCGGUGAGUUUCGUGGUUUAAAACGUUAUGUGAUAA